AUGAGCAACUGUGAUGUGGAUGACCCUCAAAUCGGCACUGAUUGCAGGAAAUUCCAUCCGAACAAUCGAUUGGUCGAUAGAGGAACACAGACUGCAGUUAUGGACAACCGAUCCAUUAGCGAAGUAGAAUCUGAGCUGGAUCAAGUCAAGCAAAAAUUAAGCACAGCUGAAGAUACCAUUGUGUACCUUUCCGACAAGAUGAUGACAUACAGGUAUAGAUGGCUUGAGGAAUACUACCGCGCCGAUAACCUCGAGCGUCACAUGCCUUCGGAUGUUUGCCUGCCGAUCGUCCCUCAAAUUGCCGAGG